AUGAUUCUGCCUAAUUCUGAAACUCGUUCUUUUACUGGAAACAGACUUCAGUAUGUGGGAGGUCCAAGGGAUAACAUAAUUGAGGAGCCUAUAGGACAUGGAACGUACCAAGAUCUGUUUGGCUUAAGGGUUUGCGUAGGAUUGUUUCUACCCUUAAGUCUCAAUGAUAGACCUAACCAUACUCUGUUGGUACUGGACAGCCCAGAUGAUGUGGCGAGGCCGCGGAGAUUGGUUGUACAUGAUUCUCAAGUUGUCAGAAAACCAGACUGUAGAACGAAACGCAAAGACAUUGCCUUUUUAAAAGUUCAUAAGUGCGGGAGUACCACAGUGUCAAACAUUUUACAAAGAUUUGGUUUGCGAAACAAUCUGAAUUUUGUGCUACCGAACAAAGCCGAUGGGAAACAAUUUUGGGUAUUAGGAAGAGUAGACAAUCUAAAAAGCACAGAUAUUAUCGGACUGCCACCUGGUGAGGUUUACAACAUCCUGUCUGUGGACACAAUCUUUGAUUCAAAGGCAUACCGGAAGUUAAUCCCUAACAACGCCUUUCUCUUAGCAAUUGUACGUGAACCUGUUGAUCGGUUUAUUUCUAAAGAUUUCUAUGAACAUCGUGGAGAAGAAUUAGUCAAACGAUACGGUGAUGAUCCAUAUGUCUACGCUCAUCUUACAAACAAUUCCACCGAAGAGGUGUCCGCCAUUUUAUCAAUGUCGCUUGACUUUGGAUUAUCUCAUUUGCAACGUUACAAGGACGACAAAAUUGCGCAGACGCUAAGUCACGUGGACAGAGAAUUUGAUUUCGUCAUGGUGAUGGAACAAUUUGAUGAAUCUUUAGUUCUGCUGAAACGUAAAUUGUGUUGGGAAACAAAAGAUAUUGUGUAUAUCAUAAGGAAUGUGCAUUUUUGGGACGCACGUGCAUUUGCCCUAGGUCCAAAACACAGACAAACAAUUGCAAACAUUCAAAAAGCAGACGUCAGAAUUUAUGAACAUUUUAGGAGGAAGUUAGAAAAGGAGAUUCUAGCUUCCGGUCUAGAAUUUUCAAACGAGGUUCACAAUUUUAAAAUCAUUCUCAGAUUAGUUAUGGAUUUUUGUACCCAUAGUUACGGACCGGAAGUGUUGACUAUUCCUCAAAGCACGUGGAAUGAAGAAUUUACAAUUGAUAGAGAAGAAUGUGAGUUAAUGGAAUUAUCAGAAUUUCCCCUAGUUAAAAUGCUUCAAAAACGUCAGCGGGAAAAACUUGAUAUCGAAUCUAAUACUGAGAAGAUAACAAAUCAAGAAUAA